AUGCCGAUUGCAGAACAAACAGAGGCUGUUGCCGCUGAAGGCAUCGCUAGUUCUAUGGAGCACGUGGAACACGUCACCUCCGUUGGACCGUGGGCUCUCCGACGGGACAGCAAUGCAAGCUGGGCGGCUAUUAGUAGUCCAGGCGCCCGUUCCAGCAGACGAGGCCCUAUAUCCAGUACCAUCGCAAGUCCGGGCUCGGGGACCCCCCACUCCCGCAACCCGUUCAGCGACGCAUUCGGCGCCAGCCUCGUCGCCAACGACAUCCAUCGGAAUCGGGACACAUCGGAGGCGUCAAGUUCAACGGCGGUGGGAUCGAGUGUAGGUGAGAGACACGCUCAAGUUGUAAACGGGAAAUCAGAGUUUACAAGGACCAUAGAGGAGGUGGACCGCCAGACGGAGGAAAUCCAGCACAUCCUGGACGGGGAGGCCAUUGCGGCGAGCAACGAUGAGGCCGAGAGACGGAGGUACAACGAGGCAAGAGCAGAGAGACCACCAAGGCGCCUGAGCCGAUGGUCGCGGCCUCUGGCAUUGUUCGCAGCUCGGCGGCGGAGGAGCAGCCAGUCCUCGAUAGACACCGAGCGCCACUUUGCCAACGCGCUCCACCCACUGCAUGCCGACCACUGCCAGGCGUGCAGGCAGAACUCUUCGGUCGCAAUGGCAGGAAUAUACAUGCUGGCCAUUACGACGGUCGUUGCCAUCCCGAGCCCGUUCAUCUUGAUCAAGGUGUUGCCGGACAAGUCCACCCCGAGCUCGCAACUCAACCUGUACUUGGUGAUGGCGAACCCGAGCGCGAUAUUCAACAGCCUGCUCAUGAUUGCUUGGGUUGUGCUGGCCGGGCUCAGAUGGCCCGCCUGGCGAGAGAAGAGCGGAGUCGGCUUCGCCAAGCAGUGGCUCGUCUCUUUGACAGUCGGGCUGGGUUUCUAUUUCCUGGUGGCGGGGGUGCUGUAUGCAUGCUCGAAGUGA